GUCGCGAUUAUGUCAGUAGCAGCUUCUUAUCUAACCCGCUAUCUAUUACGUGAUUGGUGAGCACGACAUUCUGUUGUCAUACGUGCCAUCGUCGUAGAUUUGUUUCCCGUCGGUUCGCCGUCAGUAUACUCCCUGUCGCAGUUUGAUCAGAUACGAGCUAUGCCUCCAUUGCGAAAUGGCAGAGCCUCAAAAGCCUGUGAUCUCUGUCGUAAACACAAGACUCGCUGUUAUGCUUCUGAUAACCCUCGAGAGCCUUGUCUGCGAUGCAAGACCUUAUCUCAACAAUGCUCCCUAGGGUCACCUUACGCUCACACGACGCCAAUCUCGCGAAUAGACUCUCACGACAGACCGCGUUCAUCUAUAACCCCACAUAACCCAGAUAGGGGAGUCUCUACGGAUGAAAGGCUUGAGCGACUUGAAAGAACAGUUAGUAUUCUUGUAGACCGGCUUGACUCAAAGCUCAGCGAGCUCGGCAACACUUCGAGCCAUCAACGCACACCUUCUCGUGCAUCUUUAUCCUCGCCUGAACCGGAUGCGGCCCCUGUUAUGUUGAUACGGGACGCUGCUACAAAUGCCGGCGUAACGUCACCGGAACAAAAUCUUGCUUAUUCUGGCUCGGCCUUCCAACAUGAUGUUAUUUCAGCUGGGUUGGUCCCGUUAUCUUUUGCGCAUUCGCUUCUCACAUUAUUCCACCUUCAUUAUGGUCGAUGGGUGAGGUUUCCAGAAGAUGCUACGAUAGAGAUACUAUUGCCGCGGGUGAGAAAGUCGCCCUUGCUAUUGUGUAGUAUCUUCUUAAUCGCGGUGAGGCAUACAAAUCAAGAUUCGGCACGUAUUAUGGCUCCAAAACUGUUCCAAGAAGCGAAGCGGCUCAUGACAUCAUCACUAUUGGAAGUACCUCAAGCCAUUGAAUUCUUUCAGGCUGCACUUAUACUGAGUUUGUGGUCCACUACUGUCGGUCAAGUUCCACUGAGUAUUGAUAGUUGGUUAUUGACCGGCUAUGCUAUUCAACAAGCACUUGCGAGUCCAUGUUUCUCGGAAACGUUGCGAGCCAAUCCCCUUUCGCCAACCGACGUCUCACACAUAGAUUCGUGGUGUGUAUGGAACCAUAUUUGUGUAGCUCAUCUCCAAUAUUGUGUCGGUACUCGUAGACAGACAGUACUUAAUCAAGCACAUAUUGAUCGCUGUGUAAAGUUGAUUGACUCGAGUGAAGUCACCAACUAUGAAGCCCGGAUGGUGGCUGAAGUCAAAUUAUACUGGAUUAUCUACAAUAAAUGUGGCAGGCCUCGGAUUGAUCUGGCUGAAACGAAGUUGGCACUUCAGAAUUGGCAGCGAGAUUGUAUGGAUUUAUUUGACGAGCCUCGCUCUCAGUUUCUUCAAAUGGGCUUUCAUUUUGCUCAUCUGCUGGCUCACUGUCAGUGGCUCAAGUCGCCAAAAUCGGUCAUGCAUAAGGCGGUACUCAAAGAAGUGAUCCACCACUGUCAAUCUAUCAUCAAACUUGCUAUCGAUACUACCGACGAACGUACUCGCCAUUUGACAGAUCAUAUCUACCACAUCAUCACAUUCUCGGCAUUGACGUUGUGUCGAAUUGUUCAUACCUACGAGUCAAAGCUGAAGGCAGCAGAAUACGACAUUACCGAAAUAGAUAACCUGGUACUCCAACUUGUCAAUUGGCUAAGAUCUAUCGGUCUUCCGUGUCACGCGGCACGUAUCCUUGGCGAUGUCGUCUCAGCUCAGUUCCAGAAACUCAGACCUGAUUAUCAACCCACACCGCGUUUAAUAUCUUCUGGCGUUUUAGCUGAGGAGAGCUUACAGGGCUUUCCGCAAGACCAGUCGGCCCUUCCACCCGAUCUUUCCUUUCUGUACCCUAGCUUCAUCGGCUCGGAGUUAUUCGAUAUGGAUAUUGGUACAGACCCGUGGCCUGAAUGGGGUCAGAGCCAGUCAGACACCGACAUAUCUAUCUAACAUACCCUCGGGCGAAUCGUUACAGAACGCAAAGUGUGACCUAUAAUUUAUCAAAAGCCUACACAUACUCAAUAUCGUAGGAAGCAGCGGCAUCUAGGGUCAAAUGCAUUACUUUUAACGGCUAGUUCGAAAACGAUCAUUCGGACCCUAUUCUAUGUAAUCCCAUGUACCGGUUGAAUAUAUAUCAUAGACUCUAUCUGGUCAUUAAAAGCAGGUAACUUGUAGAAUUCAAU